AUCAAAAUGGGCGAUUCUACGCCAAUUUGCCGUUGCCGUGUUCUCUAUUUGGGAAGCGCUGUACCACGCCAAAGCAAAGACGGCCUACAGGGUAUUCAGGAACCACUGCGCAGCCUUUACCCCUCAGAGGGUGCGGUUGGCGCCAAAGGCAUUGAUUCUUGGCUUAGUGUCUGGUCCAAUGGCAUUCUAUUGGAAAAUGUCGACGAAAAUCUUAAGGAAAUUACCAGAUUCUUUCCGAUUGAAUCAUUGCAUUACUGUGCCGCCGUUCGACAAGUCCUUAUACCCGAACGUGGCAACUCGAAUCCUGAACCGAAAUUUCUUCCACUCGAUUCGCCAUUUGCACGAAUGCCGCGUGCCCAACAUCCACCGAUAUUUGCAGCAAUUCUACGUCGCACCACCGGCAUCAAAGUCCUCGAAUGUCAUGUGUUCAUUUGCAAACGCGAAGCAGCUGCCAAUGCUCUAGUCAGAUGCUGUUUCCAUGCCUAUGCGGAUAAUUCGUAUGCUCGCCAACUGGAGACGGGUAGUACAGGCGGCGGUGCGGGCAGCAGUGUUUAUGGAACACUCAAAAGCAAUAUGGUCGCCAGCAAAUCGAAUGGCGACCUGACCAGUGUAGGACUUUCGAAUGGCAAUCAUCAUCAUCACCAUGUGCCGUCAUCCUCAACCAGUCAUGCCGGCUGGAGAUCCCGGGCGGGAAGCAUCACAACACUGAACAGUGUUGGACGGCAAUCGAAUGGUCAUCUAAUGAAUGGUGAUAGUACCAGUGCAGCCGAGGGCUAUACAUCUGUUAAGAAUUUUUAUGGUAGCAGUGCCGAUUUAAAUGUCGCCAUCGACGAUGGAGAUGCUUCUCUAUACAACGGUGAUGCAAAUCACAAAGUAUGGAGCGGUUCACAGGAUCAAUUGGACAGCAUCGUUAUGGAAAGUCCAUACGAUAUGUACUCAGGCAACACAUCGACAUUGGGCCGACCGGCACGUAUGCGUCAGAUGAGUCAUCCAAUUGAAGUUCCCCCACCGCCAAUGAAAGAGGAAAGUAGCAAAAAGAAGAAAGACAAAAAAUCAUCCAAGUCAUCGAGUAGUCAAAGUUUGUCCGGCACCUUGAUACGGCCCAAACCAAUACAUCCGGCUGCAAUGCAGAGGCCUGGUAUGCCAAUUCCGGGCCACGGUGGAAAUAUGAUAUAUGGCCCUCUGCCAGGACCACCACCACAAAUGAUGGGCCGAAACUAUCAUACAAUUAGUCAUCGAGGAUUUCCGCCGGGUCCACCACCACAUCAUCCUGGCAUGCCGCCACCAAUGAUGCAACAUCCACCUCCCCACAUGGGUAUGCCAAUGCAAGUGCCCGUCAUGAUGCCUCAACAAUAUGCUACCCUUCAGCCUACGACUAGCACAAAAAAGAAGAAAAAGGACAAGAAAAAUACUGGCAUUCCUGUGGGUAUGCCAAUUGUACCACCUAUGUAUGCCUAUCAUCAUGCUCAGGCAAUGGGUGGACCAAUACCUCCACCACCGCCACAAAGUGUCUUGGCCCAAUCUGUCAUCGGCGAACCAAGACCGUUGUCUGUGUCAAGUCGAAAGCUGGCCGCAUCCAUGGGCAACGGCCUUGACGAUUCAGGAAAUUCAGGAGCAGAAUCUCCAGGCGGUACUGGCAUAUAUCGGCGCAAAGGUCACUUAAAUGAGCGGGCCUUCAGCUAUUCCAUUCGUCAAGAACAUCGUAGCCGUAGUCACGGUUCGUUAGCUAGUCUUCAAUUCAAUCCUCCAGACAUGAAGAAGGAACGAGAAAUUGCCCAAAUGGUGGCGGGCUUAGAUUUAAAUGAUGGUCCCAGCCACGAUGAUCCCCGCGCCAUGGGACCCUCAACGCUGCAACGUAAACAAGCGGCAAUGAUGAACGGUAAUGGAGCCAUUUACGGUAACGGUGGUGGUUCUGCCAUCUAUGGCAAUGGUCCAUCAAGCAGCUUUGGCAAACCUAGAAGAUAAAGAAGAUCACAAAUAAAGUCCAUCGAAGUCUUUCGUAAAUGGUUUAAUAAACUUGUUGGGAAGGGAGAUCA